CAAAAACCAUUUCCAUUGACACCAAUUACUUAACAAUUGUUUGACACAUCACACUUGUAAAUUGACAGCAAGUCAAUUUCUCUUUAUCAACAUUCGUACACCACCAGUUUCCUCACAUCUAAUUAUCUUUAUUAUUUCUAUCAUUUAGAACCCAAACAAAAAUGGAUUUAACUCAGUUAUUCAAAGCAAGUGUGAAAACGGUACGUUUACGUAAUAAAUCGGCAACAUUUACAGAUAAAACAAGAAUACUAAAACAUAAGAGCCGAGAUGAAUUUUCGAUUAAAGCAAAUGACAUCCGAUAUCAAAUAACACAGCUUCGUGAUCUAUUAUUUGAGAAUAGAUCUGCUUAUAUGCGGUUUGGAAUUCAUCUUAAGUCAUCAACGCAAAUGUCUGAUGUAGAAAGGAAUAUAAUUGAUGAGGAAUCUGACAAAAUAGUUUCACUCUGCAACAAAUAUUUAAACGAUUUGAAAGCCGAGUGCCUUAAAGAUAGAGUCCGUUCAAAACGACAAGUCGUUGAGCAUCAAUUGGCAAUCAUAGACCUAUUAUCGGGAUUUUUGAAAGACAUAUCCCGGAUGCACAAUGAGCAAAAAGAAAUUCGUAUUCAACACGAAUUGGAAACGUAUAAGCUUUUGAAACUGGAAUCAAACAUUUGUGUAAUGCGCCACACCAAUAAGAAUACAAAGAAAAAUGAUGUGAAUUUUGAUCAAUCGCAAAUCGCAUCUAUAACGCGAAGAAAACAAAAUAAAAGUGAUUCAGAAAAAGAGCCUUACGCCAAGAGCAAGAAUAUCAAAACUCUAAACACAAGCCAAUCGGAUGUUGCAAUUGACGAAGACCAAGGGGAUAAAUUUGCCAGUAGCUAUGAUAACGUGAGCUCUGAUGAUAUUCAAAUGUUGGAGUCUGAGAACAUACAAUUACUCAACGAUAUCAGAGGCAUAUCAGAUGAAGUGGAUAGAAUCGGAGAAAAUGUCGUUCGAAUCGCAAAGCUACAAAAUGAAUUUACAGAAAAAGUCACUGUGCAGAAGGAUGACAUUGAACGGAUUGGAAACGUUGUUGUUGGUACCACUGAAAAUAUCAAAGAUGCAAAUGAACAAAUAAAACAAGCAAUUCAACGUAAUGCUGGGUUACGGGUUUGGGUGCUUUUCUUCUUGAUUGUCAUGUCUUUUGCAUUGUUAUUCCUAGAUUGGUAUAAUGAUUGAACAAUGGAUUUAAAUAAAAGUAUAUUUUUUAUUAUUACUUCAAAAGACAACUAA